AAGAAGAGGAAGAAGAAAUAAGUAAUAGAAUUAAUGCUACAUGGGAAGGACUGAAAGCAGAUCAAAUUAAACAAGAAGAAGAUACAAGGCAUUUGAGUGACAUACAUACACUUGAACAAAGCAAUUUAGCUCUUAAUAACACAGAGAAACCUCCUUACUCAAAUAACACACAACAUCAAGACAAUGCGCCGAUAGAAUCUACAACACAAAAUCAAACAUCAAUAGAACCUAGUGCGCCUAUUGACAACACAAAAAGAAAAACUUCAUAUGAAGAUUCAAGUCAAAAGAGGCCCAAAAUAGACACACAUGAGUCUGAUUAUUGGGCAAGUGACAUGGAAGAAGAGUUAGAUUUAGAUUUCCUAAGCAACAUUCAUAGUUAUUUUUGAUAGUAAAAAAUCACUUUUUAAUAAGAAUGGAAGCAAAAUCACGUUGACAAAAAACAAUACUGUCCUGAAUAUAUCCUUAUCAAACCGUCAGAGAAUUCGACUCUAAUAAACAAAGCAAGUACUAAACAUUUCUGGUUCUACAUUCUCUAAGUUAGCAGUUUCUUCUCGCAGUUGCGACUUCAGAUACUUGAUCUACACAUAGUUUUUGUCAAAAUU